GCCACAGUUGUUCACGUUAAGUUUCUGUCUUCAGUGUGUCUGUAGUUUAAGAAAACACAGGAUUAGGCAAAAACUACAACUCCCUGCAUUCAUUGGGAGAGUUAGCUAACAGCACCAAACAAACAUGUCCGACCUCUUCUAAUUAUACCAAAGUGAUCCGACCUGAUUGUUGUCUGGCGCUGAACCUAUUGGGAAAUAACACUGUCUGAAACUAAUGAGAAGGACAACUGUAUUUUAAUAAGGUGUGUGCUUCUGCGUGCCCCAGCAGAGAUGAGUUACGCCAUGCAGCUGUUGAUUCACCGUGGGGAUAUCUGUCAUGGCCGCAUGCUGCUCCCCCUGGGCCUCCGGCCCCUUCUCCGCACGCUGAGUUCUGGUCCCCGUGUGAGCCGCAGCCUUCGGGAGAGCUACCAGCUGCUACAGCUUGAGCUUCCAGAUGUGGGCGAGAGUAGCCCUGCGCAGGUGAAAGAAGCCUACCUACGCAUGGCCAAGCUGUACCAUCCAGACUCGGGCGCUGCUACAGCAGACGAGGCACUGUUUGCGCGGGUAGAGGAGGCAUACCGCGCCGUGCUGGCGCACCAGUCCCGGCUUCAGAGCUGUGGGGGUUCGAUGGAAGAAGAGGAGGAGAAGGUGAAAGGCGUGGCUCCUCAGCACCGCCACUACCUGAGCUACGAGGGCGUGGGCUCUGGGACGCCUAGCCAGCGCGAGCGCCAAUACCGUCAAUUCCGAGUGGAUCGGGCGGUGGAGCAGGUCCUCGACUACCGCCAGAAGGAGCAUGAGACGGCGGCUGCAGCCGAGGGGGCGCUGGUGGAGAGGGAUGUCCGCCAGCGCAGCCGGCAGAUCAAGGUUACACAGGCAGUGGAGAGGCUGGUGGAAGACCUCAUUCAGGAAUCCAUGUCCCGGGGAGACUUCCGCAACCUGAGUGGCGCCGGGAAGCCCAUCAACAAGUUUGAGCACAACCCGUAUGCCGACCCCAUGACCCACAACCUCAACCGCAUCCUCAUCGACAACGGCUACCAGCCACCCUGGAUUGUCACGCAACGCGACAUCCGAGAGGACAUCGCGCAGAUCCGAGAGAGACUGCUGCAGGGCCAGGCGCGGCUCACCGACCCCAUGAACCCCAGGGAGCAUGCUCAGUGGCAGCAGCUGUGUGGGGUGGUGGCGGAUGACCUUAUGAAGCUCAAUAAAACGGUGGAUAACUUCAACCUGAUUGCGCCCAUGCUUACCAUGCAAAUGGUCCACUUCAGUUUGGAGCGUGAGAUCGACCGUGCAGAGAAAGCAGCCUUUCAAGGCAGACAGGAGAGCAAGAGGGAAAGAGUGAGGGAGUGGGAGGAGCAGAGAAGAGAAAGAGAAAGGGAGCGGGAGAAGAGAGAUAAGAUUAAAACACAUCAACACUCUUGGCAAGGCGGCCUGCUGGCAUGGAUGCAGAAUUUACUCAAAUGAGCAAUGGACCUUGAAGGCAAAAUUAGAUAAAAAAGGAUAUCUCAAAUCAAACUUUUAUUUAUAAUCCAUUUACACAGGUGUCAACACACUUCGAGAGGACAAGACAGAGGUGUUGAAUCAUUUGUCUUUUAUGUCAUUUUCAGUGUUUUUGCUACAUUGGGUUGAUUACAGUAGCAUGUUAUAACACACAGAAUAAUACAACAAGCCACUACUACAACACGGUUACUUGACCUUACUGUAACUCAACUGUGCUUUACAAUAAUACUACACAGUGUCAGUGUCUGGACCUCAGGACACAAUGGUAAUGGUAUCGGACUACAAUAAUCCAUUUAAUGAAAUACUUUGAAUCUACGUUUAUAAGCUAAGCAAUUCUAAUUACAUUGAUUUGUUUCUUUGCUGAAUGAAGGAAUGAAAGUAUAGAAUACUCAAUGUUCGUUAUGAAUGAGCAGUUGACUGAAACUGCUCUGAACUCAAAUACGGGGAAACAGAAACCACUGAAGAUUUUUUCGCACACUUCCAGUCAGAUGAAAAUCUCUUUAAAUAGGAGGUAAGCUUUCGGUCAGUCGACUGACCGAAUGCUAAGCUACUAUGACUGGAAGUGUGUGGUGACUUUUUCCAGUUUUGCAUUUUGCCUCCCGCAACUUCACUAAUCGAUAAUGGGUGUGCGGUAGAUUCUGCCUAUGAUUGCAUUACAAUAAAAGAGGUACUGUAACUCAAUCUCUCGCUCACUUGUCAUUGUGACUAUAAUAUGUUAUAUUAGGAUUGAGAACAUCAACACUAUUAACUCCUCACUAUCCAUCCCAAUCUAUCCUGGGAGCUGCUCCAAUGCAGCAGGGUUGCAGAUGACCAUGGGGUUCUUCCCGUUGUCUCCAAUACGUGUGUCUGCCUCAUGCAGUGCCCGUGUGACGGCCCGUGGGAGGGUGAGUCCUUUGGUCCAGUCGUGGGCAAUGUACUGGUGAUACGGAUCGUGGGAGCUCUCUAGCUUCUUGGAGCGGAUGUAGCUCAGCAUGAUACCAAACGUGAAGAAACUAAACAUACCUACCAUCAGUAGAACAUACACAAAUCCCUGAGCUUGAGCCUUAGGUAUAGCCCCGCCCACUGGGAGAACGACCUGCUGGGUAGUGUAGUUCUGAGAGAGUACUGGGACCAGUAAACCUGUGCCGUUCAGACAUUGCUGUAGGAAGGACAGCAGGAGAGUCUGCAGCUCUGUGCCAUUUAAGUGCAGCAUUGCUGAUCUCUGCUGGUUGUGGAAGGGAACUGCUGCUCUUGUCAACUGAUGAGGGAGGAGAGCCUUGGUCAGUACACUCGCCCAAUGAGACACAAACAAAAACACACAUUGCAGAAAGUCUAACACAGACACGGCACAGCCAAUAUGACAAACACAAACUAAUGCUGCGGAACUCACUUCUCUGUUCUCUUGCUGUGGAUAAAAAUAUUUUAUCUCUAGUUGCUCCGAUGGCUUCUGCCUCAGUUUCUGUUGACCUGCCUGAGAAAACUUGGUAUUACACAUCUAAGAUACAAGUGUAGGACAAAUUAUCAAUCACAGAAGAAAUAUGUAAAAUGAAGAGUGCAAAUACCUUUGGAAGCUCUCUGUAAUUGUUGCUCACAAAGGUGCUAGUAGAAGAUGGUGACCUUUUUAAAUAGAGUACUCCGUUGAUUUCCGUUGAUUUCGAGGGGAAAAACUGUAAGGUAAUCUGGUUCCACCUACACUUCCACUCCAAGACUUCUCUUUCUCUCGCUCUCUCUCUCGCUCUGUCUCUCUCUCUCCCUCACACACAUACACACACACACACUGACGGACACAUGAGCUUAACCACGUCAACACGUUUAAUGAGCCAUAGAUGUCAUGUCAGAGGUCAAGGUCAGAACCUCCCCAUGGUAUGGUAGUGGGGCUGUGUGAUUUACUGUUAUGACCGCAGGACACUGUGGUUCAGUUACGGACACUUCAGUACAGUUAAACCUGUGUGGUAAUAACUCUGCUAUAGUUGUCUCCAUAGCUAUGAUCACCUGGUCAACAUGCUUCAGUGUUGUAAGGUGUAUGGUCAGUUUUGUGGUCACUUCUGGAUUGUCAUAUCUGUAUGUAUGGUCAGUCUUACGUUCAUGUGUGGUUGUGAUGGAGCUAGGUUGUAGAACAAAGCGGCAUUCAGACUGGAGGGAGAGUGGCGAGAUUAAGUUACAACAGGAGCAAAUCACAAAUCACCUCCAAACGUCCUAGCUAUCCCACUGCUUUUCCGUGUGUGUGCGUGCGUGCAUGUGUGUGUUACCUAGAGACUCACCUUCAGGGGCCUAAGCAGUCCAGCGAACAUUCAGCAUUGCAGACAGAAUGAACAACAUAUAAUUGUGUCAAUAGUCCAUUCUGCAUGAUAAACAUGUCCCAGUGACUAGACCCUAGGCAUUCUGCAUCUAAGGAGUCCUUGGGACAAUCUCAUAAUUUGACUAUGCCUUUAGAUGUUUGGUGUAAGCCUAUACAAAACAAAUAUCCUAUAAUCCUGUUGUAUCUUUUUCUAUGACCUCUGAAAUAAUUGUAUAACUUAUCAUUAUUGAUCAUAUCUUACUAUUGCUGCGAUGAAUAUCAAGGUUGCGUGGUCUAAAUUCUCAUCCGUUAGCAGAGUUUGCCACCAGCUGGCCAUUUUGGAUUAGUUUGUGACAGGACCGCUGGCUCUGUUGCAAAUGUUCCAUUCAAGACGGAUACAUCCUUCAAACACAAAAGGAAAAGUGCCGAGUUUGUGAGCACAUUCGAUUUGAUUUUCCUUGCUCCAUAUAUGACAUUUAACAUUCUGCCUACAAACACUAUAAAGAAAUAUACAGUGGCGGGUUUAAACGAUCAGACUCAACAUUCAUUACAUUCCUAUAGGUUGAUCAUGUCAAAUGCAGUUUUUUUUUCUUCAUCGCUUUGGUACUAUUUUCACAAGAGUGUGAUGAAAUUUCACAACUCAAAACAGAUCAUCGAAAAGGCUGUUUUUUUUCCCCCUCAAAACAUUAAGCACAUUUUCAAUUGACUAAGUAAAACAAUCUUAACAAGUGACCUUUUCACCAAACCUAAAUCCGUGUUUCAUCUAGAAAUACCUUUCAUAUAAAGUAAUUGCCUUUCACAAUGCAAUGUGCUCACAAUACUUUUAAUAUGACCCUCUUCUCAUUUGUGUAAUGAAUACGAUGGGAGACAGAAUGCUGGUUUAAAGCGCAGGGCGCAGCAGGUGUUUAAUUGUAAAGGACCACAGGAAGAGGCAGGUAGCUGGGUCCAGGGGCAGGCAGAAGGUCAUACACAGGGGCUCCAAAAAGGUAACAGUACAGGCAGGGAAAGGCUAAUAACGUAGUCCAGGAUCAGGCAAGAGGUUGAUGACAGGAAAUCCGAUAGGAAAAAGGUCAGGCAGGGAAUAGGUAAAUAGGCGUCGUUAGUGAGGAUGGCCAAAAAACAUAUUGGCAUUAAAUGGAGUCGGGAGUUUAGAAGACUGCGCGAUGUAGAAUGAAUGAGAACCCUAAUUCGUCCCGUGUUACAUCUCCAAUUUGCCGCGGGCGUCUGGUACUCUAAAAGGUUGGACAGGGUUGGCAGGUCUGAAAUACAGUUGACCAUCACUUAAUCUAACUGCGCUUAAUGGUUAACCACUUAACCGUUUGGUACCCUAUAGAUUUUAAGAUUUUGUCAACUAUAUAUGGAUUUUGAGAACUACAGAAGUAAAAUGUCUGUAAAGUAUAAACAUCUAAAUUACAUGUAUCGUACAUGAUAACCAUACAUAAUGACUACUCAUUAUUGCUAAUUGAUUUCACAUAGUGUUAACCACAAUUGGUCACCAUAUAAAAGGGUGGGUGUCAACAUUCGCAAUUUCUUUCAACGUGGAGCAGGAUAGACAGCAAGGGAGAGGAAGAAAUCAGAGAGGUGGGCAUGGACCCUAUCAAAGAGGUCAAAGAGGUGGAUAUGGGCCCCAUCUAAGAGGUGGACAACAGAGAGAGGGUAGCAGAUGGCAGGGAACUGUUGUCUAGUGAAAUCCGGGCCAUCGUCGUUGACCAUGUGGUAAACAGAGGCCUUACUAUGGCAGAGGCUGCCAGAUUAGUUCACCCUAAUCUGAAAAGAUCAACUGUCAAUUUGAUCAUGAGAACAUUUUGCCAAGAAAACCGGUAAGUUUGUAGGAUAUGCACCAUUACAUUUACAGCAAGUUACAUUACAAUAUGUAUGUAAAUUCACAAAACAUGUUACAGUAUUCUUACAGUAUGAUCUAUUGACAGUACACACCGUUCUACCCUCAGAAUUGACAGAAGACCCCAUGGGGUGGCUGUGGCCGUGUGCUGACAGACGAGCAGGAGUGCGCAGUGGUGGAAAUGAAGAAAACCGUAACAUAACUGGUGACUUUUGAGAGAAAAAACGACCGGGUUUAACAACUGCAGCCGAGUAUGCUCAGUGGGUGAUGGUGCUUGAUGCUGCUGUGAACCAUAACUCCCCCGCAACUGCCGUGCAGAAAUAACAGCCCACAGACAGAAGCACAAGAUGGAACUUCACUCAAUUUUCAAGAGCAGUGGUCACCAAUGGUUGAUCUCCAAACAUCUCAGGGUGCUGGCGGUAGGUGCACCCCGUUUACGAGGUGGGUAGGUGAACUGCUGCUAUUUUGAACCAUUACAUGUGUCUGAAGGUACAAACUCUGCCUUUCCGGCGGGCCCAGAGAGCAAAUCAAUUGCGCUAUAGGUCUACCGCUGGCCAAUCAGAUGGCCGCGUCUGUAGUAACAUAGCAGGCAUAAAAGAAAGCUACAGCAAAGUUGAUACUGUGAGAUUUCAAAACAUUUAAACCAUGACUAGAGAGAGAGACUGUCAAUGAACACAGCAAAGAUAUGCUGUUUAUGUUCUUACUAAUUACUGUCAACACUUUGUAUUCAACAUUUUUAUAAGGAAUAAAAUGCUAAUUCUUCCAAUUUCUACUCAGCACUACAACAAGCAUUGCAGCAGUAACGAAUGAGUAGGAAAGUGUAUCUAUAGGCUUGCGUUGUUAUUAUUAGCGGCUUGGGCUUUUUUUUAUAUAACAGAAUAUUUCACCUUCUCUGUUCAUAGGAGUAACAGCAUGAAUUUGUGCAUAAGGCAGUGUAACUCGAGUUUAGCCAUCAGCUGGAAGACGGUGUCCCUUUUUGGUCAAUGUCAGUGGAAACUCACAUAGGAUGUACCCGUGACUAGAACUAUUCAACGCUGGUCUGACCAAUCGGAAUCGACGAUUCAAGAUUGUUUUGAUCACGCGAACUGGGAAAUGUUCCGGGCAGCCUCAGAGAAUAACAUCGAUUUUAUACGCUGAUUUGGUGAGUGAGUUUAUAAGGAAGUGCAUUGGAGAUGUUGUACCCAGUGUGACUAUUAAAACAUACCCUAACCAGAGACUGUGGACGGAUGGCGGAAUUUGCACAAAACUGAAAGCACGAACCACUGCAUUUAACCAUGUAAAGAUGACUGGGAAUAUGGCCAAC